AUGGCUCUCUCUCCCUUCUUUCCUGGAAGGCAACAAGGUAUAGUGCUGGACAACCAGAGCGCUGUGAGAGAAUUUGUCCUCCUGCAGUUCCCUCACCUGCAUCACCUGGGCCUCCUGCUCUUCCUGGUGCACUUGAUGAUUUACCUCUUGAUGCUUUCCGGGAAUGUGGUGAUCAUUGCCAUCACCUGGGCUGACCACUGCCUCCACAUCCCCAUGUACUUCUUCCUAAGGAGCUUCUCUUUCCCUGAGAUCCGUUUCACCAGCGUCAUCGUCCCCAAGAUGCUGGCCAAUUUCUUCUCAGAGGACAAGACCAUCUCCUUCACCGGCUGCAUCGCUCAGGCCUUCUUCUACCUCUCCCUGGGAGUCUCUGAGUUCCUUCUCUUGGCAGCUAUGUCUCUGGAUCGCUACAUGGCCAUUUGUUACCCACUGCACUACAUGGCCAUCAUGAGCAGCAGGGUCUGCACCUUCAUGGUGCUUACUUCUUGGUUUGAUGGCUUCUUCUUCAUCAUUGGCCUCAUCACGAUGAUCUCCCAGCUCCCCUUCUGUGGCCCCAAUGUCCUCAAUCAUUUCUUCUGUGACGUUGGGCCCCUCGUCAGCCUCUCCUGCUCCAACACACACCUGGUGGAAUCAAUGGACUUCCUGGUAGCAGCUGUUGUUUUGCUGGGUUCUUGGGCCAUCACCGCGGUCUCCUAUUUCUACAUUGUUGCUACCAUCAUCCGCAUCCUCUCAGCCAAAGAGCGAAGUAAGGCCUUCUCCACCUGCUCUUCACACAUCACCGUCCUGAGCAUCGUCUUUGGCAGCUGCAUCUUCAUGUAUGUCCGUCCAAAGCAGCGUGAUGGACUGGACAUCACCAAAGGAGUGGCCAACCUCAAUACGGUCAUCACUCCCAUGCUCAAUCCCUUCAUCUACUCGCUGAGGAACAAGCAGGUGAUACAGGUCUUCAAGGACACUCUGUGCUGGAAAAAAUAGAUUGUGCUGCAUAUGGGGAAAAUAAUGAUUCUGGAGGCUUGGAAAGGGGGUUAAUUAGUACACUAAAAUGUACUCAAAGUCUUUGAGAUGCAUGGGAGAUUAGGGAGGUGCUUAAUUAAUAAACUGAAAUGUGUUCCAGUUUUUGAUAUGCACUAGAUUACAGGGAGGACUUAAUUAAUACAUCGAAGUUCAGCCAGAAUUUCUGGAUGUGCCUGAGGGUAGUUGUGGCUUCCAACUCCCAGCCAAGUUAGA